UUGACAGGUCAGUGGGAGGAGCCGGAUGGGGCUGAAGAAUGCCGAGUCAUCGUGACGUAACCGCGUUCCGCCUGACGACAUCACGUGUGUGUAGAAGCACAGGAGGGCGUUCUAUGUUCAACAGAGCAGACUGAGAGACUGAGAGGAGCAGCAGCAGACUGGUUUGGCAACCACGACCUAACAACCUCAUCCCAUCACAGAGCUGCUGCACACAGAACGAGAGGAUAGCUCAGUAACUCAUCUUGGAGGAGCAGAAACACCAGCAGCAGCUCUCUCCUCGUGUGCUUUACCGAGCUAACACACACUUAGCAGGUGAUGAGCAGAGAGGCCUGCUUCUUCUGCAUGCCUCUCUAAGGUUACCGACAGGACACACAGCUUGUUACAGCAACGAGACCCUCUGCAGCCUCUGAACUCUCUGACAGCACCUAAAGGAUCCAGACUCUGCACCCUGAGAGCACCCAGACUUUAUGCAAGCUCCAUGCUGGCUAGUUAGCUAGCUGACUGCUUUGUGUGUGUGUGUCGUCUCUGUGUGUCUGUGUUGUGUGUGUGUGUGCAAUGGGUUUACUGUCACAGGGGUCUCCUCUGAACUGGGAAGAAACCAAGAAGUAUGCAGAUCACAUCAGGAAGCAUGGUAUCAUCCAGUUCCUCAACAUCUACAACAAGCUGAAGGAGAGGCAGAAGGAUGUGUUGAAAUGGGGCGAUGAGGUCGAGUACAUGCUGGUGGAGUUGGAUGACAAGGAUGAAAAGGUUCGGCUCGUCCUGAACGGCGAAGAUGUUUUGAAGUCUCUCCAGGACCAGGGUGAAAACAUAAACCCCAAUCACCCCACGCUUUGGAGACCAGAAUAUGGCAGCUACAUGAUUGAAGGAACUCCAGGGCAGCCGUACGGCGGGACGAUGUCAGAGUUCAACACUGUGGAGGGCAACAUGGGGAAGAGACGGCGAGAGGCCUCGUCUGUCCUGAACCCGAAUGAAACCCUCUGCACCAUCACCUCAUUCCCAAGGUUAGGUUGCCCAGGUUUCACCAAACCAGAACACCGACCGACCCCUGUUGAAAAGGGAGUGUCAAAGUCACUGUUUUUCCCAGAUGGAGCCAUCAACAGUCAUCCGAGAUUCAGCACCCUUACCAGAAACAUACGUCACAGAAGAGGCGAGAAAGUCGUGAUUAAUGUGCCAAUCUUCAAAGACAAGUGCACUCCAUCUCCGUUUGUGGAGGAGUUUCCUGAAGACGAUGGUGAAGGAGCGAGGGCGGCUCUGCCCGAUCAUAUCUACAUGGACGCCAUGGGCUUCGGCAUGGGCAACUGCUGUUUGCAGGUGACAUUCCAAGCUUGUAGCAUUGAUGAGGCAAGAUACCUUUAUGACCAACUAGCAACGUUCUGCCCCAUAGUGAUGGCGUUGAGUGCGGCCUCGCCCUUCUACAGAGGCUUUGUGUCAGAUAUUGAUUGUCGCUGGGGGGUUAUUUCUGCCUCGGUGGAUGACAGGACACCAGAGGAACGCGGGCUCAAGCCUUUGAAAAAUGACAAAUACAGGAUCUUCAAGUCGAGAUACGAUUCAAUCGACAGCUACCUGUCUAGCUGUGGUGAGAAGUACAACGACAUUGAUUUGACGAUAGAUGAGGAGAUCUACAAGCAGCUGCUCGGCGCAGGAAUUGACAAGCUGAUGGCCCAACACAUAGCGCACCUCUUCAUCCGAGAUCCACUCUCUGUCUUUGAGGAGAAAAUCCACUUGGAUGAUGAAAACGAGUCCGAUCACUUUGAGAACCUCCAGUCGACCAACUGGCAGACGAUGAGGUUCAAACCUCCACCUCCCAACUCGGAUAUCGGCUGGAGAGUAGAGUUCCGCCCCAUGGAGGUGCAGCUAACCGACUUUGAAAACGCUGCAUAUGUGGUCUUUGUCGUGCUGCUCACCAGAGUGAUCUUGUCCUAUAAGCUGGACUUUCUGAUCCCUUUGUCAAAGGUUGAUGAAAACAUGAAGGUCGCACAGAAGAGAAACUCUGUGCAGGAGGGCAUGUUUUACUUCAGGAAGGACAUCUUCAAAGGCUGCAACCCGGGACUCGAUGGCACAGCCUCGGCUGAGAACGGCUUGGAGACCGACGGCGCUAAUGAGGACUACACGCUGAUGAGUAUCGACACAAUCAUCAAUGGAAAGGAGGGAGUAUUUCAAGGGCUCAUCCCGAUCCUUAACUGCUAUCUAGAAAACAUGGAAGUGGAUGUGGACACCAGGUGCACCAUUUUGAACUAUCUGAAGCUCAUCAAGAAACGUGCCUCAGGUGAACUGAUGACCAUGGCCAAGUGGAUGAGGGAAUUCGUUGCCAAGCACCCGCAGUACAAGCAGGACAGCGUCCUAACCGACAAGAUCAACUACGACCUCUUCAGGAAAUGCGACAGGAUUGCGAAAGGCGAAGAGCAGUGCCCGGAGCUCAUCGGAAACCCAGUUAACAGGUUCAAAUGA